CUAAACUCGUAUUUGUUUUAGUCCAAACGGAUAAUUUGUCCGAUAUCAGAUAUCAUUGGGUAGUUUUCAAUAACAACCAAUUGCGUGUAAAGACUUUGUCCUCGAAGCUGUGCAAAGCUGCACGCAGCUAUUUUGCAUGUUGGUCCAAGACAAUGAAACACUUAACGCGUGAUUAACCGGCGAAUUAUAUCAUCGUAUUACAUAGUGUUUAGUCUUAUUCAAACAUCAAACUACGAGACAUGAGUUGCAACGGAAAUAAAACGAAUGGCUGUAUGGGCCCAGGGUAUGCUACACCUUUGGAUGCAAUGAAAGGGCCAAGAGAAAAGAUUGUUUAUUUGCCGUGCAUUUACAGCAAUACUGAUAUAAAAAAACCUGAUUACCUUGCCACUGUUGAUGUAGAUCCUACAUCUAAGGACUUUUGCAAGGUUAUUCACCGGCUUCCAGCUCUACAUCUGGAAGAUGAACUCCACCACAGUGGCUGGAAUGCCUGCAGUAGUUGUCAUGGUGACAAAAGUAUGACCCGCGAUUCCCUCAUUAUGCCAUCACUAGUUUCCAGUCGUAUCUACAUCAUCGAUGUUGCUACAGAUCCUUGUGCACCAAGAAUUCGUAAGGUUAUAGAGCCAAAGGAGGUGUUUGAAAAAACAGGUUUAGCAUACUUGCACACAUCCCAUUGUCUUGCUAAUGGCGACAUCAUGAUUAGUGCCAUGGGCAAUCCAAAAGGAGAAGCAAAAGGAGGGUUUGUUGUUGUUGAUGGUAAAAAUUACACAGUAAAAGGCCGCUGGCAAGAGAAAACGGUGGACUUUGGUUAUGAUUUUUGGUAUCAGCCACGUCACAAUGUAAUGAUCAGCUCAGAAUGGGGUGAACCUAAGUCCAUUUUGCAAGGAUUUAAUCCUCAACAUGUUGCUGAUGGUAAAUAUGGAAAAAAACUUCAUGUUUGGGACUGGACAAAUGGUGAACUGAAGCAAACGCUUGAUCUAGGCAACGAUGGUCUUAUUCCUCUAGAGUUGCGGUUUCUUCAUAAUCCAGAUGCCAAAUUGGGAUACGUGGGUUGCGCUCUGUCCAGUACAGUAUUUGCUUUCCAUAUGGAAAAGACAGGAAAAUGGAUAGCCGAGAAAGUGAUUUCUAUUCCAAGCAAAUCUGUGGAAGGUUGGGCUUUGCCCGAAAUGCCAGCUCUUCCGACGGACAUCUUGAUUUCGCUGGACGAUCGUUUCCUAUACUUUAGUAACUGGUUGCACGGUGAUUUGCGUCAGUACGAUAUCACAGAUCGAUUGCAUCCAAAGUUGGUUGGACAGUUGUUCAUAGGAGGCAGUAUCAGCAAAGAAGGCGCUGUGAAAGUCACCAAGGAUGUUGAAUUGAAAGAACAACCAGACACAUUGUAUGUCAAAGGAAAGAAAGUUCAGGGUUCCGUUCAAAUGAUCCAGAUGAGCUUGGACGGAAAGCGAAUUUAUCUUACGACAUCUUUGUUUAGUGUUUGGGAUAAACAGUUUUAUCCAGAGAUGAUGAAGAAAGGUUCCAUGUUGCUGAAAGUUGACGUCGAUACAGAUAAAGGAGGCCUUACGCUUGACAAAGAUUUUUGCGUUGAUUUUGGCGACGAACCGGACGGUCCAGCACUUGCACAUGAGAUCAGGUAUCCCGGUGGCGAUUGUUCCUCAGACAUUUGGCUCUAAAUAUCUAACAUUCCAUUGAAAGUGUAGUCAACUCGGUCGUAUUAAUGAAGAUAUAAGAAUUUGAAUUCCAAGGGUAUAAAAUUUUUGUUACGUAUAACAUACGAAGUUUUUGAAUGAUAUUGAAAACAAUAAAACGUUCUCUUUUGAACUGCUUUAAGUCAACUUCUUUAAAGUUAAUUAUUUACUUCAGAUGAGUAAUUUAUGUUAAUUUUCUUUAUGUAUUUAAUUAAUUAACUAAAUAAACGUUAAGCUCUUUA